AGCUAGAUUGCAGCACACGCGACCUUGGCGCAACUUGAGGCUACUUGAGAAGACUUACGAAAGAGCAACUGCCAAAAUGAGUGACAACGAAAAGGAAUUCGUCGGUCGGGUACGUGUGCUUAAAAAACUGAUUUAAAAGUAAUAUAACGCCGUUAAUGUAUUUCCCCCACGAUCUUACAUCUAUGUCAAAAACACAGUUGACGUUAUUCAUUCGCGACGGAGAAGCUAACGAUUUAUGCUAGUUAAAAUGGCUAACAUUAGCGUGGUUGUAAUGUUAACAUAAUCUGUGAUCAACGACUGUUCACAGGCCAUAGAGUUAUGUGUCGAAAUGAAGCUGAAAUAUUGCCGUUUGGAAAUUAAUGAUGGGUUGUGUUGGUUACCUGAGAUUUACUGCGUCGGAUUGUAUUGGUUUUUGUCCGAGUAAUUGCAAAAAAAGUAAAUGUUCGUCGCAGAGCAAAAUGCUUACGCUUGUCGCGAAAUAUGGCUCUCCUAUUGUUGGCUAGCCAUGACUAGCCAAAGGAAGCUAACGUUUCUUCGUUUCGCGUGCCAUCAUCCCCGUCGGCCUCGCAUAGAUUUGCUAGGUCGUAUACACUCACAUUUGUAUUACAACGUCGAAUGUCACUUUGGAGGCAAGAAACGCCGAAAUUUAGAUAUUUUGGCCAUUUGUUUUGUUAAUAGUUUGUAUGAACGUGACGACAAAACUCCCCAGUCGACGACGCUUAACGUUACCGCCAAUUGAAUAAUUCCCAACGUCCUGGAUAAGCAGUAUCCCCGUGCAAGAAGAGUCUAAUGUUAACAUUAAAAGUGGGAGAAAAUGAUGUCAUUCUAUCGUUUCGUACUGGAUUUUUCUCUAUCCUGCUAGUCUAAUCGUUAUCUAGGCUACGUUACAUUAUAUCAUUCCAGUUGGCUAAGUAAGCUGAGCUGGUAACGUUAAAGCUAACACAGGCCAGCCUGUCGCGCACACAUGUCAGUAAAUCAAUUGUGGUAUGACAUUUUUCCUUCUGAUUUUUGUGUACAUAUCGCGUUUUAUGUUGCAAUUUGUUUAACCUUACAUUGCUCCCCAGUGGCCAACUCUACAUGCACGGAAGCAAUAGGACAACAGCAAAACAUCUGAUACAUGGGCUUAAGGAAUACUAGUUCACUAAGGCGUCAGCAAUGCUUAACAACUCUGUUAAAUGCAGUGCAUUUGCAUUAUUGGCUGAAUGUCUGUAGUUUAUUUGGGGUCUUAUGGUUGCAAUAAUGUCUGUAGUAAAAACAUUCUUUAUCCUUUUCUUUUUGUUAAGGUUAAAGUUGGAAGAAGACAAAUGUGGAAGAAGUCAAAUAUGAAGUUUUUAAUCAGAAUAAUUUGAAGCUCGAGUGUGUGAAGCUGAAUUUUCAGAAUGCAUGCUUGUUAUGAGGUGGAAAGAAGCUCCUGUGUAGACUAUGGGCAGUGUGAGAAAUUGGGGAAGAGGAUUGAAGUCAGAAAUUUGAAGAAAGAAGAAAAGAUGUAUUUGAAGUAAUGAAGUUAAGAUCAGAAGUAAUCUGGGAUAUGAUCACAGUGCUAAGUAAUUAUUAGUAUGUUUAUCCAAUGCGUGCAUGCAAAUUGUUUUACACACAAAUGCUAAGGGUAACUAUAGUCCCAUAAAAUUGAUAAAUAAAAUUAAAACGUUAGCAUUAAUUACACCGUGGCUUUUAAUUCUGCACACAACACAUCUAUUUGACUAGUGUUAGUCUCAUGGAACACCUGUUAAGUGUAACAAUGUUUUUAAAUUCUAUUUUGAGAACACACACUCAGCAAAUGCCAACGGAUAUAACUUGACUAAAUAGUUGCAAAAAACCAUGAUAAAGCUGAUUUACCCAUCAUGGGUUGUGCAUGUGUUCCUGUGGCUAAUUUCAUGUCGGUGUGGUUAAUCCAGGAGUCCCGCUCAGCGUCUAGGAGUGUUAGCCCCAGGCGCUCUGGCAAGUCUGCCAGCCGCUCGCCAGCACACUCCCCUGCCCACUCCAAGGAGGACUCCCGCCACUCCCGCUCUAAAUCCCGCUCUCGCUCCAGGUCGAGGUCCAGGUCUCGUUCUCACCGGAGCUCCCGCCGGUACUACAGCAGGUCUCGUUCUGGCUCUCGCUCUCGCCGCCGCCGCUCACGCUCGGGGAGCCGCGAGUAUGGCCGACGCCGCAGUCACAGCCGCUCGCCCAUGUCCAACCGCCGGCGCCACAUCGGGAACCGGGUAAGGGAUCCCCAAAACCCCCAUUCACCAAUGCACCUCCGGGCCAACCCUGACCCAAACAACUGCCUUGGCGUGUUCGGUCUGAGUCUGUACACCACGGAGAGGGACCUGCGGGAGGUGUUCUCCAAGUACGGCCCGCUGGCUGAUGUCAGCAUUGUCUACGACCAGCAGUCGCGCCGCUCCAGGGGAUUCGCCUUCGUCUACUUUGAGAACAAUGAGGAUUCCAGAGAGGUAAUCGCUUUGGCAAAGGAGCGUGCCAAUGGAAUGGAGUUAGAUGGUCGCAGGAUCAGGGUUGACUACUCAAUCACAAAAAGACCUCACACCCCCACCCCUGGGAUCUACAUGGGAAGGCCCACAUAUGGUGCCCCCAGCAUGUCGUCGUCUUCUCGUUCUUCGCGAUCUUCACGCGAGUAUGACCGUGGCGAUCGUGGGUACGAACGUGGGUACGAACGAGAACGAGGAUAUGAUCGUUACGACGAUAGAGAAUACUACAGAUCUUAUAGUAGACGGAAGUCCCCAUCUCCUUAUUAUGGCCGAGGGGCUUACAGAUCCCGCUCUCGCUCGCGUUCUUACUCUCCCCGUCAUUACUGAAAGAAAGGAUAAUGUGGUGAUCGUUACUUUACCCAGAAAGGAUCAGUGGUGGUCUGUGACUUUUGGUGUUAGGUUUCAUUCUUUAACUUUAUGCUAUCGUUUUAUGUAUCCGAGUAUGCGCAUGUAGUUCCGGUCGUGACAUCAGAAGUGAAUUGCUAAUUUUUUUUGCACUCGAUGUCUCAUGGAACUGGUUUCCCUUUGUAAUGUAAGGCUUCUGUGAAGGUGUAGAGAGCACACAACCUACAGCUCUCCCGUUUGUAAUGUGUAUAUAUUUCAUGUAGCCUGUAUUCACAAAAUAAACUGCGUCUUUACACGUUUUA